CAGUGCGGGGUGUCUCCAGUCUAUAUCAGGUACACACACCACCACUGCCUCUCUCACUGUCACGCUGCCACAGCGUCGCAUUAUCACACACAUACAUACAAACGUACAUACAUAGAUUCCUGCAACCCACUAUAGCCAGCAUGAAGUGGACCGCGCCUCUCGCCGUGGCCGCAGCUGCGCUCUGUCUCGCCUCAAUUCAGGCUUACGAUGAGUGUCCAGAAGGUUUCAUUGACUUCGCCGAUGUCAACAUGAGUCCAGUAUGCAUGUCUUUCGUACAUGAAAACACCUCAUGGCAUGAGACGAGAAACCACUGCAAAUCGAUGAACGGCGACUUGGGCCAGCUGACGGGGAACCUACACCAGAAAGUAACACAUUUCAUCAAACAUCGGCCAGAAUUUGAGAACAAAACCUUUUGGAUCGGAGGGAGUGACGUAACGAUGGAGGGAAGAUGGGUGUGGGUGAUAGACGACACGGAUAUCCCCCGCGGCACGCCCCACUGGUUCCCUUGCAAUGGCUCAGAACCCGACGGAGGCAGCCUUCAGAACUACCUUGGUCUCCUUCCACCGGGUUACUAUUUUCACAGUCUGAAUGGCUACGGUUUUAGGAGCGGUAUCUGCCAACUCUUCUACUCGUAAGUCAGCACGGGUGUCUGGUGCGGGGAACUGAACAGCGGCACAACAACUCCUGUUACACUGCAUCUUCAUUUUAGGACAGUAUUCUCAAACAUUUCAGCGGUUCAUCUCGAGUAUUUUUUAUCAGGAUCCAGUGGAAGUUGUUGGUGUUUUUCAAGGAGGUGGGGGUCUUGAUGUUUCUAGUGAGAGUUUAACAAGUAUUCUUCAUCUUAAGGCGGCUUAUCUCGACUACCAAGAUCCAGUAGAAGUUGUUGGUGUUUUCAAGGAGAUGAGGAUCUUCAUGGUUCUGAUGAGAGUUUAACUAAUGCUCUUCAUCCCAAGUAGUAAAGAAAAAAAAAAAAAAACCCACAUGAAAACCAGACUGAUGGUUUUGGUGGUUCGUAAAAGUUGUCCUGGUGAAUCUAAAGCGUUUCAGAAUAUAUCUCGUGUAUUCCACUGGAUGACUUAGGUUUAGGAUGAUACGUUUUGCAGUCAGGGAGUUAAACAUCAUCCCUGCAUAACUAUCCACUGUAAUUCUACCCUUAUUUACUGUUUUCUUAAGAUUGAAGAGAAGCAACAGCAAUACAACAGUAAAAAUUG